AGUUUCUCCACGCCCAGUUUAGAGACGUUUACUUCAAAUUUCCGCUUUUCUGACCCGAAGUUGUUGGGUUUGGAAGGUGGCCCAGGUUUUGCAUCUUUUGAGGCGGAAUUUAGUUGUAUCUGACAGGUUCAUGGCGCGACUGUUUCUGAGGGGAAGUCUGCAGAGGUGCAUCGCCACCCAGAUCAGGAUGUCAUCUGACCAGCUUGGUGAGCUGGGCAAAGGUGCAGGGAAAGGUGGAGGAGGUGGAGGAUCUGUGAGGUCGGCAGGAGGCGCGUUCGGAAAGCGGGAAGCGGCGGAAGAGGAGCAGUACUUCAGGGAGAGGGAGAAGGAGCAGAUGGAGGCUCUGAGGAAGCACCACGGAGAGGAGAUUGAACAUCAUAAAAAGGAGAUUGAGCGACUACAAAGAGAGAUCGACCGCCAUAAGGGCAAAAUCAGAAAGCUGUCGCAUGACGACUGAGGCAGAGAAUCCUACUCUGACUUAUUACCCGAGUGCCACCACUUGUUGAAUUUCACUCGUUUCCUCUCCUGGUCAAGGCAGACCCUGUGAUCAUAAGUUGUUAUACUGACCUCAUUCUAAGGGCUGAAACAAUAAAGUGAUUCAUCUUCCUGAAUUGUCAAGUUGUCAGCUUAUUUAGUGUUGUUAGUAUUAGAGAAAACUCCAGCUUGUCUAGUGUGUAUAAAACAGAGCUGAGCUGCUAAUCAUCCAUUGUCUAUUCCCACUUAUCAAAGGUCUGGUGCACAUCUCCAUCAGUCAUUGGUGAGAGGCUGGAUACCCUGUGGCCAGUUUAUCAGAGAUGCAGGAUGAACUACAGAGUACACAUAUAAUCACCACUAAGGGUCAUUUAGAGAGACCAAUUAACCUAACAUGCAUGUUUAAUUAUGUUUGAGAAACUACAGAAAACAUGGUCUUGCCAAGCUGUGUCAUAGUUUGUCCCUUUUAUUAAGGCCUUAAUAAUGAAACCCAGCUUUUAGCUUUUCCACAACUUUAUCUCUGUCCUGUCUGCUGUGUUCCUUGAUCUUUGUGAAGUUAUUUGUUUACUAUUGUUCAGUUUAGUUCAUAAAGCAACUGUAUUUGUAUUGAGAUUAAAUUACAGAUUUUA